AUGAUCGGCGCGAUCGGCCUGGAGGAGGGGUGGCGCGCACUCGGCCUCUGCGUCUUCAACCUGAUCGGCACUCUCCUCCUCGUCGUCGCAAACGCGUGGCAGAUCUCCUUCGGCCUCCCCCCGCUCGGCGUCGCGUACCUCGUCGUCGCGAGGUACUACCGCGCCUCGUCGCGCGAGCUGCAGCGGAUCGACUCCGUCUCAAAGUCGCCCAUCUACGCCGCCUUCUCCGAGGCGCUGCAGGGCGCGACCUCCAUCGUCGCCUUUGGCGCGACCCGCCGCUUCGGGCUCGAGGCGCGGCAGCGGCUCGACGCAAACAUCAAGGCCAUCGGCAACGCCAUCAUCGCUGGCGUGGCCGCCCUCGCCGUCGGGCUGCACGCGGCGGCGCACGCGUCGGGUGGCGGCGGCGCAGCCAUGGCGGCGGGGCUGGCGGGGCUCUCCCUCUCGGGGGGCAGGGUAGUGGUCGGCGAUCGCCGCAUACCGUCCUAUGGCGGCGAGUAUCGCUACGCCAGGGAGGACAAGGACGUCGACAACAAGCUGACGCGGGCGCAGUACCUCUCGAUGAGGUGA